AUGAACUCGCUGAAUAUCCUUUCCUCGCGAGUCAUCGGCCAGUCUUCCAGCUCACCGCGGCCGCGAUCACAAUCCCAGGGCGAGAAAAGGCGCGAGACCUUGCCUGGCGACUUCGCAAAGCAUCGAUCUUACAGUAGCGACAACUUCCGGUCCAGUGUUGCUUUUGACAAGAGUUACGACGGUGUCGCAUCAGCCGAUGACCGAGAUGACGACGAAGAUAACCACCACUCAUAUGACGAGAAAUCGACUUUACUCCACGGAAUUCAAAAGGAUGGAACUCUGGUAACUAAAAGUACCUGGCGACUUUUCACCCACCGAAUCUUCGAUGCGAUCACGGAAACGAUACACUUCAUUUUAUCUACGCUAGCGGCACCAGGCAUCUACUUAGCCCAAUGCUUCCAAAACGAUGACGGGCACUAUUCGCUUUUAGCUCCAGUGAGGAAAAUUUGGCGCCACCCUUCUGCCGACCCCAGGAUCCGGUCGGAUAAAGGGGCCUCUCCUCGGGUAGAAGGUCGGCGACGCAGUGGCUCCACCCGCAAGUUGAAACCGCAAACAUCACGAGAUUCCAUCAUAUCGACGACCUCAGAAUCAGAUGCAGAUAAACGGAAUAUCAAAGGCACUCCAAACCCGAAACCUCGACAUAGCAGAAACUCCAGCAGGACCCCGAGCGUCGACAUUGAACCUUUCCCCGAUACCAACCCAGAUGAUAAUACUCCGCGUCGGUCGAUCCGUAUUAAGCUACAUAACGAGGAAGUUUCCAAACGACAGAGGCAGCGCCGGACUCAGAGUACGGACCUUGGUCAUCCAAUGCCUGAGGGUGUGACUCGCGUUCAGGGCGCCGAUAGCUUGAAAUCCCCCACCUCUUCCUCUGUUCAUCGCAUAACCAAAUACCCGCAUUCCUCCCCCGAUCCGCCGCGACCUCUCCUCCCCCCGCGGCUACCUUCAUAUACCGCUGCCCCGCGCAAUGCCCGACUCCCACAGAAAACGCUGGUCUUGGAUCUCGACGAGACGCUCAUCCACUCGCUCGCCAAAGGCGGCCGUAUGUCUAGUGGCCAUAUGGUCGAGGUCAAGCUAUCCAUGCCCAUGACCACCGCCUUGACACCGGGUGGGCCGCAGGCCACUCUGGGUCCUCAACAUCCUAUUUUGUACUAUGUUCAUAAGCGGCCGCAUUGCGAUGAGUUCUUGCGCAAGGUCUCCAAGUGGUACAAACUGGUCAUUUUCACUGCCAGUGUCCAGGAAUAUGCCGACCCCGUGAUCGACUGGCUCGAGCAGGAGCGCAAGUACUUCCAGGCCCGCUAUUACCGACAGCAUUGUACGUUCCGCCAGGGUGCGUAUAUCAAGGACCUCAGCUCUGUUGAGCCCGACCUGAGCAAGGUCAUGAUCUUGGACAACAGCCCGAUGAGCUAUAUUUUCCACGAAGAUAAUGCUGUUCCGAUCGAGGGCUGGAUCAACGAUCCAACGGAUAACGGUCUGCUGCACCUAAUUCCUACGUUCGAGGCACUGCAAUAUGUCACCGAUGUCCGGGCAUUGCUGGCAUUGCGCCGCGGCGAAGGCGAAGCAUGA